GAUUGAAGGUGUAAUCUUCCAACAAAAUGUGUAUGUUUUAUAAUUCGCCCUGCAGUUGCUUCACGUACCGUUUAGUGAUAGAACUAUGGACAUAUUUGUGAACAGACUGAAAAUCAACAACGUGCUUGAUAUAAGCCAGCUAGAUCAGAGACGUCAGAAACGUGCCAAAGAGCGGGAACAUGAGCGUAAAUGUAAAAUGGACAGUUUGCAAGACACCGGCGAGCUUACACGCGCAGACAAGAUAGACGCUCAGGAGCGAGCCGAUGUCGCAUCUGAGAUACAAAGAAUUCUAACACGACGUAAAUAUGGAAGUAGCGUGUACAACAGAAGUUUUGAAGUAAUGAGACGCAAGCUUAAACAUCAGAGACGCGAUGGAGAACUGCGUCUGAGACGUUACGUUGUUGAAAUGGUUCAGAGAAGACACAAAGAUAACGUUGUCUAAUGUUAAAUGUUUUCAAUAUUAUGUCAAUGUAUUUAUUCUUGUGUUUUGUUUUAACGUGGGCUUGUUGCACAAUUUAA